AUCUACUUAAUAACGACCACUCCCACUCAAACCCCUCACCACACUUAACCUUCUAUAAUCAUCAUGCGUUUCUCUAUCGCCCUCCUCACCGUCGUGGCUUCUGCCCUCGCCGUCUUUGCUUCUCCUGCUGCUGAGACUUCUGAGGGAGCCAUCUACAAGCGAGGUGGCCCAGAAAUCUGUACCGCCAACCUCGACGGGUCCGGCGAGACCGACGAGCAAGUCACCAAGGACUGCUGCGCCGCCGUCAACCAGCAGGCGUACUUCAACGAGGCGGAGAAGGAAUGCCAGCCUUACGGCGGGCACUUCGGUAACAGCGUCGACACUGGCGCGAUGGUGCAGUGCUGCUCGAGCAGGGGACGUGGAAGCAAGGCUGUCUAAGUUUUGGAUAAUACGAGCGUGAAGAGCAUGUGAGGAGGAGGAGGAGGAGGGAGGAGGAUGACGAAUGUAUACUUAUUCACGUUCUUCACGGACUAUCGGUUAUUU